UAGAGAGAAAAAAAAGAAGCUAAAAAACGGAAAAGGAUACUAGAGAAAGAAAGAGUACUAUAGUGGAGGGGAGAAGGAUAUAUGGAGACAGAGACAUACCUCUUCCUCCGGUGACUCUCACGAAGGAGGCAGAGUUUCUCACGUACGGCCGGGCCGGAUGAGUGAUUUUCUUCAAGAGAGGUAAACAAAAAACCAGCAACGACAAAUCAACAAAAAGGGCACAACCAAUAAUUGAAAGAGGCAAGCACCAUGAACAACAAACGUCGGUAAACAAACAUUAAUGGGUCCAUAGGGAAAGAAAACGAGGAGGCCAUGGAAGCCUUCCAAACUUGAAUUUCUUUGGAAUUGAUCAGUGGGUGAUUUUGUUGUCGAUUCCAAUAUUUGCUCAUUCAAUCCAACGGGAAGCAUGGUUCCUCCAAGAGUGUGAAGAUUUUUAAGGUUAAAGAGAAUCAAAUGGGUGUGUGUAAUGAAGAAAAAUGGAUAGAGCAUUAUAGCAGCUCUCAUAAAAUACUGCUUGUGGGUGAGGGAGAUUUCUCGUUUGCUGUAUGCUUAGCAAAAGCUUUUGGUACUGCUGAGAACAUGAUUGCCGCCUCUUUUGACUCCAAAGAGGUAUUGACGAAUGCGUAUCCGAAUGUGAUCAUGGCCAAUUUGGAAGAACUGAAGCAGCGGAGAUGCACUGUUUUACAUCAUGUGGAUGCCCAUACUAUGUACCGACACCCUCAACUUCGUUCGAAAUUGUUCGACAGGAUAGUCUUCAAUUUCCCUCAUGCUGGUUUCAUUGGGUGGGAAACUGAGAAGCGCCAAAUUGAAAUUCACCGGACGUUGGUUAGGGGUUUCUUGAGUAAUGCAAAUCACAUGCUGACAAAGAAUGGAGAAGUUCACAUUACCCACAAGACGGCUUACCCUUUCAGUAAGUGGGAGAUAGUGGAGUUGGCAGAGGAGAUUGGGCUGUGUUUAAUUGAGAAAGUGCCAUUUGCAAUAAGGUACUAUCCAGGUUACGUUAAUAAGAGAGGAUCUGGGGCUAAAAUCAACCAGACAUUCCCUCUAGGAGAAUGCAGUACUUUCAAAUUCGCCAGUAACAUAUUAUUUCAUAACACCUUGAUUGAUGGUAUGUGUAAUGCUGGAAAACCUACUAUUGCAAGAGAAAUGUUUAGUAGUCUUCCUACAAAAGGCUUGCAACCUAAUGAUCGGACUUCCAAUAUAAUGAUCAAUGGGUUUUGCAAAGAGGAACUACUAAAUGAGGCGAGGGAGCUAUUUGAGAAAAUGAACAAGAACGGUUGUUCACCUGACCAUUUCACAUAUAACAUAAUCAUCCAAGGCUUCUUGCAACAUAAUGAGUGUGAGGCAAAGGAGUGUAUGCUGGUUGAACAAGCUGCAAGAAUACAAAGGAGGAAGGAUGAGGAGGGUGAGGCAAACGAACAUAUGCUGGCUGAACAAGCUGCAAGAAUGCAGAGGUGGAAGAAUGAAAAGCGUGAGGCAAAGGAACGUAUGUUGGCUGAACAAGCUGCAAGAAUGCAAAGGAGGAAGGAUGAGGAGCACGAGGCAAAGAAGAGUAUGCUGGCUGAACAAGCUGCAAGAAUACAGAGGAAGAAGGAUGAGGAGGGUGAGGCAAAGAAGCAUAUGCUGGUUGAACAAGCUGCAAGAAUGCAGAGGUGGAAGGAUGAGGAGCGUGAGGCAAAGGAGCUUAUGCUAGCUGAACAAGCUGUAAGAAUGAAGAGGAGGAAGGAUGAGGAGCGUGAGGCAAAGGAAAGUAUGCUGGCGGAACAAGCUGCAAGAAUGCAGAGGUGGAAGGGUGAGGAGCGUGAGGCAAAGGAGCGUAUGCUGGUUGAAAAAGCUGCAAGAAUGCAGAGGAAGAAGGAUGAGGAGCGUGAGGCAAAUGAGCGGAUGGUGGCUGAACAAGCUGCAAGAAUGCAGAGGAGGAAGGAUGAGGAGAGUGAGGCAAAUGAGCAUAUGCUGGCUGAACAAGCUGCAAGAAUGCAGACAAGGAAGGAUGAGGAACGUGAGACAAAAGAUCGUAUGUUGUUCCACAUGAUUGGUUUGAAGUUUGAAAAAGCUGUAAGAAUGCAAAGGAGGAAGGAUGAGGAGCGUGAGGCAAAGGAGCGUAUGCUGGUUGAACAAACUGCAAGAAUGCAAAGGAGGAAGGAUGAGGAGCGUGAGACAAAGGAUCGUAUGUUGGCUGAAAAAUCUGUAAGAAUAGAAAGGUGGAAGGAUGAAGAGCGUGAGGCAAAGGAGCGUAUGUUGGCUGAACAAGCUGCAAGAAUGCAGAGGAGGAAGAAAGAAGAGCGUGAGGUAAAGGAGCGUAUUCUGGCUGAACAAGCUGCAAGAAUGCAGAGGAGGAAGGAUGAGGAGCGUGUGGCAAAGGAGCGUAUGCUGGCUAAACAAGCUGCAACACUGCAGAGGAGGAAGGAAGAGGAGUGUGAGGCAAAGGAGCGUAUGCUGGUUUCCUACUCCAGCAUCCUUGCUGCUCCUUAUGAUCCUUUUGCGGAUCCUUCCCAGAAACCAUCCAUUAAGUAUGACAAGACGUCGGAAUAUAUGGCCCUCCCUUAUUCCCAAAAUUUAUUUUUUGUUGAAUUAAAUCGGGUCUCCUCUUCCCUUUCCCCCGGAGAUAUUGCCGUUUCUUAUUUUCCUCCAAAUUUUCAUUGGAUCCCUGAACAUCCUUUGAAAAACUUAGCCUAUUAUUCUGCUAUCUUGAAACGAACAGGUUCUGUUUUCUUCAAAGCCAUACCAGACAGGCUUAAUCCCCAGAAAACAAUUUACCACAGUAUUUAUUUCAAGAAAAUUAUUUUUGAAAAAGAAUGGGGAAAUCACCCCUCUGCUUCCAGGUCCCUUAACGGGUUUAACAUUCCUUGUAAUUAUUAUGAUUACAUUGAUGCCUAUUUUAAAUUUUUGCUUCAUCAAACCUCGAAAUUUGAACAUUCUUGGUUUGUCAGUUUUGAUAAAGACUUCUGCGGUAUCCUUCCCCUCUGGUUCUCCAGGUGGUGGAACCAAUUUGGUCUUCUCCCUGAUAUUCUCCCCCUCCAACUUGUUGAUGCUUUUCAAUUGUUUAAAAGUCACUUCAAGGUUGAUUCCUAUGGAGCUAAGUUUUCUACUAUGCUUCAUUUUGUUAAAAAAUUCAAAAUUCCUUGGAUUCUGAGAUGGCAAUAUCACAUUUCAGAAGACAAAAUUCAAAGACAUUGGUAUAUCAAAUGGUGGGAUAAAUGCUCACUAAAUGAUUCCAUUGUUCUUUCUGUUAAAAACAUGGUUCACGCCCCCAAGGCCCUUCCUGCUCCAAAGGCGUCUGCUUUAUCCAAUUUGUUAAUUCCCCCCAGUGCUUUCUCUUCUCCAAAAAGAGAAAAAGAAAGUUCCCCUGCUUCCUCCCAUUCGGCCUCUUCAAGUUCUUCAAAGAAGAAUUCUUCCAAGAAGAAAGAAAUGAUUGAAGCCCUACUUGCUGCCCUGGAUAACUUGGACGAUGAAGAAGAUGAGACGUCUAAACCAUCUGCCGAAAAGCCUAUCCAGGUUCCACCUUAUUUUGAAGACUCACAAGACUACUAUCCCUACCCAGGGGUUGAAGACAUGUGAAUGUUCGGCCUCAGGACGGCCUUCAGAUAUCAGUUUGCUUCCUAGCCUCUCAUAACGGCUAGUUUUCUUAGGUUUUCCCAGACUGGCUCCUUAACGGCCAAAAUUGUUCAGAGCUAGCUCAUAAUGGCUGGAUUUGAGUUUUUGGCUUCGGUUCUCCUUGAUCUUAGACGGAUCACUGUUCAUUACUAUUUGGAGUUACUGUGCAAAAUCACUGUUCACUUUUACUGUUCAUGUCCGGACGACACGCGCAGAAUUACUGUUCAGAAGCACUGUUCAAGAUUUGUCUGCCGACACUACAGUGCCGACAGCUACUGUUUCAGAUUGAUUACUUUCACUAUUCAGACUGGUGCCAGACGUGCCUUUAUAGUUUACUUUUUAUUGUUUUCUUUUUGACCGCAUGAACGCAGCUCAUGAAUGUAUUUUGUUUUAUGCUUUGUUUUCAGCCUAUAUAACGGGCUCCCCUCCCCCAUUGUAAGGCAGAUGUUUUUUGAGCGACUCUAUCCUCCUCAUAAACUUUCUAGCCAGUUCCCUAGUUUCUCUUCUUGUAUCAUCUCUUCUCUAUCCCUUACUUCAGUAAGUCCUAACGCUUACUUCAGUAAGAGUUUUAUAAUCUAUAACGAUUAUUGUUUUCUU